GGAAAAACGUGGUCUUUUUAAAUUUUCGAAACUUCAGCUCACGAACUAUGGUUCAUCGAAGAUUUCAAUAGCCUGAGAUUUCGCUCAAUAAUAACAUAGAAUGCUUUCAAUGGAGUUCCUGGCAAGCUGGCUUUUGGCAAUUUCACUUACGGAAGCUUUCGUAAAGCCGAUAAGCAAUGAGCUGAUCUUCAGAGGCUCAGACCAACCUCCUUGCUCCUGCCCAAAACUUGCGAAUACAGCACAUCCUGGAUAUUGUGAAAGUGGAUGGACUUACUACAACGAGACGGAUUCUUGCUAUAAGAAUUAUUUCUUGGCAGACUUUAGUACUGCCGAAAGCGUAUGUAUCACCGUUGGAGGACAUUUAACUUCAAUCCACAGCUACAAAGAAAACCAUUUCGUAGCCGAGCUGACAAAGUCGGGUACGAAACAAACUACAUGUUGUGCAGGAGCGAGUUGGAUAGGUCUUGUACAUUUGAACGGAAACUGGACUUGGACUGACGGGACAAAGGUUGACUUUGUGAAUUGGGAACCGGGACAACCAAAUAACGAUGCGAAGAAGAAUAAUGUACAACGUUGCGUAUUUAUGUACCCUGAUGCCUAUGCAGACAUCGCCAAGGAAUCAUGGUUUCAGGCAUGGAACGACUAUUACUGCAGUACUGUUUUGAGAUCGUAUAGUAUUACGCUGGUAGCGUCCGGCACAAAGUCCGUAAAUCUCCUGCAAAUCUGCGGGUCAAGGCAUGCGGGAAGCGAACGUCUUUCUCAGUCUAUUAGGCUCCAACUUCCCACAAGUACUGUGGAAUUAUCGAUGCAAAAUCACGAUCAAGUUCUAAACAGUUCUCAGGUUGUAUUUGUGGCCUUUUGUGCUGAUUGGUGUCCAUUUUCCCGGCGAUUAAAACCGAUUUUCGAAGAAUCAGCGCGUGUUUUCAAACGAGAUAAUCCGAAUGCUAGUGUCGUAUGGGCUAUUGUCGAUAGUGUUCGACAGGCCGACGUCGGUGAUAAGUACUAUGUGAAUAAAUAUCCAACCAUGAAGGUGUUCGUCAAUGGAGAAUUGAUACAGAAAGAGUAUAGGUCCACCCGAUCCGUAGAGGCACUCACUGCUUUUGUCAAGUAUCAAUUAUCCACUGCUAUUAACGAGUUUGCCAGUCUCCAGCAACUCGAAGCCGCCAUGGAUCACACCAAACGAAAUGUUGUCGUUUGGGUAAAACGAGGAACCGAGGAGUACGCAAAUGUCAAGAAAAUUGCUUCGCUUUUGAGAGAAGAGUGUACAUUCUGGGUGACAGAUGAAGCCCUAUCUACUACAGUGGCAGAAAAUAAAUUAUCUUACUACGAUCUGGAUAGUACAGAAGAGCAAAGGUUUACUGGAAAGCUGCUUGAUUAUGAUUUCCUAAAACAAUGGGUUACGGAUAAAUGCAUACCACUUGUGAGAGAAGUGACUUUCGAAAAUGUUGAAGAGCUUACCGAAGAAGGCCUUCCAUUCCUAUUGUUCUUUAGAGAUCCUAAGCGAAGGGAUCAGGACAAAAUGUUUACAGAACAGGUCAUUCGUGAGCUCGGUGAUCAACGUGCCUCUAUCAACCCUCUUCUGGCCGAUGGACACAAAUUCGCUCAUCCGCUCAAACACUUGGGUAAAACGGCCAAGGACCUCCCAGUGCUAGCAAUCGACUCCUUCCAACAUAUGUAUGUUUUCCCAGAUAUGUCACAACUGACAGUACCCGGCAAGUUGAGAGAGUUUGUGAUGGACCUGCACUCUGGCAAACUUCAUAAAGAGUUCCAUGAAACCUUGGACCAGAAGAUGAUUGAUCUCGCCAAAUUCAAGGCAGAAAAUGGUAUCACAGACGAGGAUCUUGAUGACAACAGAGAGGCCGGUAAAAUGCCGGCUGCCCGACCCGGAGAUACAACUCCACCACCAUCGGUGUUCAAACAAUUGAAGCCAAGCGAAAAGCGGCUUAUCUAA